AUGGAAAACUUUACAAACGAAACACAGCUCUUGGAAGGUACGGGUACAGCUGGCACUGACCUCAGCGUCCGCGCUGUAACGGGAUGCCUCUUAUUUCUUCUGAUUCUUUCAACUCUGUUGGGAAACACGCUGGUCUGCGUUGCUGUCAUCAAAUUCAGGCACCUGCGGUCUAAAGUAACCAACUUUUUUGUCAUCUCUUUAGCCGUGUCAGACCUUUUUGUGGCAGUUCUUGUCAUGCCAUGGAAAGCAGUCACCGAGGUCGCAGGAUACUGGCUCUUUGGGGACUUUUGCGACACCUGGAUUGCCUUUGACAUCAUGUGCUCCACGGCUUCUAUUUUAAAUCUGUGCAUUAUAAGCCUCGAUAGAUACUGGGCGAUUGCCAGCCCUUUCAGAUACGAACGUAAAAUGACCCAGAGGGUUGCUUUUAUCAUGAUCGGAGUAGCCUGGACACUCUCCAUCCUCAUUUCAUUCAUACCUGUACAGCUAAACUGGCACAAAGCCCAAGAGGAAGAUUUACCUGCUAAUUUCAGCAAUCAGACAGAAAACUGCGAUGCCAGUUUAAACAAGACGUAUGCGAUUUCUUCUUCCUUAAUAAGCUUUUACAUCCCCGUUGCCAUAAUGAUCGGCACCUACACAAGGAUUUACCGCAUCGCACAGACACAGAUCAGGAGGAUAUCCUCUUUGGAAAGGGCUGUAGAACACGCUCAGAACUGCCACCAUCACCCCAACGACUGUCCGCACGAGAACUCCCUUAAAACGUCUUUUAAAAAAGAAACAAAAGUUUUAAAGACGCUGUCUAUUAUCAUGGGCGUGUUUGUGUUUUGUUGGCUGCCCUUUUUCGUGUUGAACUGCAUGGUACCUUUUUGUGACGUAAACAUAUAUGAACUUGGUGAGCCGCCGUGCGUCAGCGAAACAACUUUCAACAUUUUUGUAUGGUUUGGUUGGGCCAAUUCCUCUUUGAACCCGGUUAUAUAUGCCUUCAAUGCGGAUUUCAGAAAAGCCUUCUCAACAAUAUUAGGAUGCAACAAGUUUUGUUCCAGCACCACAGUGGAGGCAGUCAAUUUCAGCAACGAGCUGGUUUCCUAUCACCACGACACCACCUUUCAGAAAGAGGCUCCAAUGGCUUUUACUAGUAGUAAAGCACAGCUCCCUCGUGUCUCUCAGUCAGUCGAAGAACUGCUAGAUCCGUUUGAUAAGCUCUCAGUCAUCUCGCAGACACCUAGAAGCCGCAAGAACCUGCUGUUGCCCGCAGCAGUUCAGUUCGAAUGUGAAGCUGAAAUUUCAUUGGACACCAUAACACCAUUUACAUCUACGGGACCCAACGAAUGCGAUUUAAUUCCUGGUCAAAUACGAGAUUAAAAUACUAAUUCCCUUCAAUCCUCAUGUUUGAUCAGUGAAACGUCAUGAGUGACUGAAGAAGAUUUAGCCCAUUUCACAU